GGCGGAGGGCUGAUGCAAUCUCGAUAAGAAAUGCUUAGCGUCUCGGGCUUCCAGGGCGGGUAACAGACGCGCUAUAUAAGGUCGCCGGCCUCGGGCCGCCGCGCCGUCGGAGCAGGAGCGCUAAGCACCCCGGUGCCCGGGAGCGCACGGCUGCUCUCGCCUCCGCUUGCUCAGCCCCGCAGGGCCUCUCGGCGGCCGCCCAGCCUCUCGCACCCUCCCGAACUGCGCCCUGAGCCCCGAGCCCGAGGGAGGCGCAAUGCCGAGCGCUCCGAGCCGGUGCGCGGUGGUCCGCGCCCUGGUCCUGGCCGGCCUCUGGCUGGCCGCAGCCGGGCGCCCCCUAGCCUUCUCGGAUGCCGGGCCGCACGUGCACUACGGCUGGGGCGAGUCGGUCCGCCUGCGGCACCUGUACACUGCGAGUCCCCACGGCGUCUCCAGCUGCUUCCUGCGCAUCCACUCAGACGGCCCCGUGGACUGCGCGCCGGGCCAAAGCGCGCACAGUUUGAUGGAGAUCAGGGCAGUCGCGCUGAGUACCGUGGCGAUCAAGGGCGAGCGCAGCGGCCGUUACCUCUGCAUGGGCGCCGACGGCAAGAUGCAAGGGCAGACUCAGUACUCGGAUGAGGACUGUGCUUUCGAGGAGGAGAUCCGCCCUGAUGGCUACAACGUGUACUGGUCCAAGAAACACCAUCUGCCCGUCUCUCUGAGCAGCGCCAGGCAGAGGCAGCUGUACAAAGGCAGGGGCUUCCUGCCGCUGUCCCACUUUCUGCCCAUGCUGUCCACUCUCCCAGCCGAGCCGGAGGACCUCCAGGACCCCUUGAAGUCCGACCUGUUUUCUUUGCCCCUGGAAACGGACAGCAUGGACCCUUUCCGGAUCGCCGCCAAACUGGGAGCCGUGAAGAGUCCCAGCUUCUAUAAAUAACUGAGGCUCUGUCCUCCCAGCCCGCUCCUGGAGACCAGGACCCCAGGCCUGUGGUGCUUGCAGAGUGGGUUUGCUCCGAGUAACGAUCCCGAGUCCAUGUUCUAUUUAGUCUUAGGGAGAACCACUUAGAACUUGUACAUAGGCAAUAUUUUACAUUGGCUGUGCCAGUUUCUAGCGGAUAGAUGUGUACAAUCAUAAAAUUGUCAGCCUUCCCACUCCACCUACCCAGCUGCGACCUGCCUCCCCCGUUUGCCUUUGCUGGACAGGUCACUGUGCUGCCCCGGUUCGGCUUGAAUACCUCCACGGAUGGGGAACUCACUACCUUUGGCAAAGUUCUUGUGCCAAGCUGACAGUCCAUGCCGUUCCCUCCCCUCCUUUCCAGCAGGGCAGCCAGAAGGGAAGCAGGCAUGGCACACUCAUGUACACGUAGAUAAUCGACUUGGUGAAGCCUCAGGUAAAUUUGACUCCACUGCAUUUCUGAGAAUUGUUCCACGUCUCCAAGGAGGACCAUCGCCUCCCCCACCCCCCACUCAGCCCCUCCGGGAUAGAAUUGACUCCAGGAGGCCCCCUCUAGCCUGGGUACCUCUUGAACUCCCUGCUGUGGCUGGUUCUGGGAUGGACCAUCAGACUCCUUGGCAACCGGCUCAGGGCAGAUAAGGCAGGUCCCCCCUACCCCCCCGCAACCAGUGCCCUUCCCCGGGCUCAGGCGGGCUCCCCCACGAACAAGCGCGCUGUCACCUGUUCAGAAGGACAGCCAGUUCCAGCAGGGCUUCCUGGCCAUGGUGACUGGGGUUUCCAGAGAACCAGCUCUCCGGAACCCCACAGGCCAGCCAACCCUCCCCCGCAGCCUCCCAGCUCACACUGGGGGUCGGGCUGCCUCCCUCCUUACAGGCGGGGAUCUUGACCCGAAAAGAGCAGAAGGCCGUCUUCCGGAAGCUGCUUCCUUUUUACCAGCCCGUUGCCCUGGGCGCCGAGUCAUUCCGUUGAAUUGCGACUUGGCGGCCUCCCGCCUUAGGUUAAAACCCAAAUGGUUUAUUCAAAAACCUGGAAAAGAAAGAUUCGAAAGCCCCUGUCUCAGCCGAUAACUUGUAAAAGCCGCGUGGAGACCGAGUGCUACCCCAGUGCUGGGUUUCCACUGUGAUAUUUAUGAGUAAUUUAUUGUGUUUGAUAUGUACAUCUCUUUAUUUUCUUACUUUAUUUAUACCCCAAAUCGUAUUUAUGUAUGUACACGAGGGUUUUUUUCUACAUU